UCCACAAGGGUUGAGUAUGUCUGCAAAUAGUGAUGCAUCGAGUGGCCGUCCAUCAUGUCGCUGUGGAGCUGUAGCGUUCGUAAGGUAUUCCUGGACAAAUGAUAACUACAGCAGAAAGUGGUAUGGGUGCGAAAAGUAUAAGCAAGUUGGUGAUUGUGGCUUCUUUCUUUGGGCUGACAACGAGAUGACGGCUUACGAAAAAAGAAUCAUGCAACGCUUGAAGGAUAUAGAAGAGCAAACCCGGGCAGAAAUUGAUAGACUUGAAAAAUUGUUGGCUGCCGAACAAGCACAGUAUAGAACACACCUAGAAGCCAUGUUUCAGUCUAGGGAUGAGAUGUGGAAAUCUCUGGUAUCGAAUAACCAGUCUAGAGCGGUGAAGUUCCAGUUUAGACAAAUGACGUAUCAAGCAGUGUUAGCUUUGCUUGUCUUGCUAGUGUUCCUUUAUGUUAGCGGUUACAAUGCAUCUAGUGGUAGCAAGUUGAUGUUAAAAUGA